UGCAAGACUUCCUCGCGCCGGCGGGAGGACUCCAGAUUCUGUCACCUGGGGCUGUUCUCGCUCCGCCCCCUGACCGUCCAUUGGUUGGAGGAUCUCUUACGUAAGGAGCACGAGGAGCAGGCGGAGCCUCGGGGGUUGUUUUUUCGCCCAAGAGACUGAUUUUGCGGAGGCAGUGCCGGCCGUGGGCGGUGAGCUUCUCAGGUAGGCGUAGUUGCUUUGGGAGCCGCCGUAGGGACCAGCCCCUGCCCCGCCUUCUGUCACCAUCUCUACUCUGAUGGCGGGACGUGCUGUCCUCAGAGACCUUUCAUCUCUGCACGAGAAUCUCAGGCAGCUGGAGGAAACACGGGGCGAGGAAAGCGAAUGAAGCAAAGCGCGAGCGGAAACUCACAGGCUAAGCUCGCUGCAAGGUCUUUAUACAGAUGCGGAUCCUUCAGAGAACUUGAGUACACAGCAGUACAGAUCAGCAGCCAGCAGGUCUCGUUCUGCGUGCCCUAGAGCAUGGUUCUCCAUGGUCCUUGACCUUGUCCUGUGACAGGUCCUGCCAGUUUUAUCAUUAUCUUGGCAGGAUCUCAAACUGGUUUUGGAGUAUAUGGGCUUUUGUUUCAAGGCUGAGGUGGUUUGGUCAGCAUGCUACUUGGAACAAGGAAUAGUUUGGGUGGAUCGCUUCAAGCAGUAGAACACGGCAGUGAAGAAAACAGACAAGUCUCCUGGCACGCGUCUCCAGGCACAGCUCAUGAUGUCUUCUGGCUUCAGUGUCUUUAGAGCUGGUGUUGCAUUGGUUUUGAUGUGCAGUUUUUACAAGUCAACUGAAGACUCUCUCCCAGAACUGACUCCUCAGCAAUAUUUCAGCACACUGCAGCCAGGAAAAGCCUCAUUAGUUUAUUUCUGCCAAGUUGGUUCUCUAAGUAACUCUGUGUUUCUUGAAGAACUAAAAGAAGCUGUCAAGCCUCUCCAGGACUAUGGGAUUUCAGUUGCAAAGGUUACUUGUGUUGAAGAAGAAGCGUCAAGGUACUGUGGGGAAGAAGAGGGUUUGAUGAAAGCGUAUUUAUUCAGAGGCAACAUACUUCUCAGAGAAUUCCCCACGGACAUCUUGUUUGAUGUGAACGCCAUCAUUGCUCAUGUUCUCUUUGCUCUGCUUUUUAAUGAAGUAAAAUAUAUUACCACCCUGGAAGACCUUCACAGCAUAGAAAACUCUCUGAAAGGAAAAUCAAAUAUGAUAUUCUCAUACGUAGAAGCCAUCGGAACACCAGAGCAUAGAGCAGUCAUGGAAGCUGCUUUUGUGUAUGGGACCUCUUACCAGUUUGCCUUAACCACAGAAAUUGCUCUUUUAGAAAAUAUCGGCUCUGAGAGUAUAGAACAUGCACAUCUCUACUUUUUUCAUUGUAAACUGGUCUUGGACUUGACCGAGCAUUGCAGAAGAACACUAAUGGAACAGCCAUUGACCACACUCAAUAUUCACGUAUUUGUGAAGACAAUGAACGCACCUCUGUUGAUGGAAGUGGCUGAAGAUCCCCAGCAGGUCUCAACCGUUCAUCUACAACUAGGAUUGCCACUGGUUUUUAUUAUCAGCCAGCGCGCUACCCAGGAGGCUGACAGAAGAACUGCGGAGUGGGUGGCGUGGCACCUUCUGGGGAAAGCAGGGGUUCUGCUCUUGUUGAGGGACUCCAUGGAUGUUAACAUUCCUCAGCACGCUAAUGUGGCCUUCAGAAGAGCAGAGAAGGAUGUGCCUGUGGAGUUUCUGGUGUUGAAUGAUGUUGAGUUAAUCAUUUCCCACGUGAAAAAUAAUAUGCACAUUGAAGAAAUACAAGAAGAUGAAGGCGAAGACAUGGAGGGCCCAGAUCUGGCUGUUGAAGAUGAUGAGGUGGCAGGAACUGUUUACAGAGAUAGGAAGAAACCACUACCUUUGGAGUUGUCUGUGGAGCUAACAGAGGAGACUUUUAAUACAACGGUCAUGACUUCUGACAGCAUAGUGCUCUUCUAUGCUACCUGGCAUGCAGUAUCCAUGGCAUUUCUACAAUCCUAUAUUGAUGUGGCAAUUAAGUUGAAAGGCAGGUCCACCAUCCUUCUCACCAGAAUAAAUUGUGCAGAUUGGUCUGAUAUAUGUACGAAGCAAAAUGUUACUGCAUUUCCCGUGGUAAAGUUGUAUAAGGAAGGCGAGAGCCCAGUGUCUUAUGCUGGUAUGUUGGCAACUAAAGAUCUCCUGAAAUUUAUCCAGUUGAAUAAGAUCUCCUGUCCAGUGAACAUAGCAUCUAUCCAGGAAGCAGAAAAAUACCUGCGUGGGGAAUUAUAUAAAGACCUGCCCAGCUCUGCUAGUGUGUCAGUACUGGGGCUCUUCAGCCCAGCCAUGGCAUCAGCAAAAGAACUUUUCAGGGAAGCAGGAAAGCAGCUGAGAGGCUCUGUCAUUACGGGAAUUUAUUCUGAAGAUGAUGUGUGGAUACUGUCAAAUAAAUAUGCUACAACUCUCCCAGCCCUGCUACUGGCCAGGCCUAAAGAAGGUAGAAUAGAGAGUGUCCCACUAGACACCACCCUGGUACAAGACAUGGCUCAGAUACUAGCAAAUGCACUACUGGAAGCAUUUCCAGAAAUCACUGUGGAAAAUCUUCCCACAUAUUUAAGAUUUCAGAGACCGCUACUUCUCUUGUUUAGUGGUGGCAGCAUAAACCCUCAGUACAGGAACACGAUCCUGGCACUGGUGAGACAGAAGCAGCUGGAUUCGUUUACCCCUUGCUGGUUAAAUCUGAAGAACACUCCCGUGGGGAGGGGCAUCUUGAAGGCAUAUUUUGGCCGUCUGCCACCACUUCCUCAGCUGCUGUUGGUGAAUCUGCAUUCGGGUGGCCAAGUGUAUGCAUUUCCUUCAUCCCAGUCUGUGACGGAACAAAGCCUUGUGUUGUGGCUGAAACAUUUACAAGCGGGACUAGAAAAUCCCAUCACAGUCUUGUCUGCCCAGGAAUGGAAACCUCCUCUUCCUGCCUUUGAUUUUCUGAAUAUGAUGGACGCUCCUACAUCCCAAGCUCCCACGAAGAAAGUUCUAGAGUGUCAGAAAGAAGCAGAGGUGCAGGAGAGUGCUGAGCUGCAGCCUGGAGACAGAUCAACAGCCAGGAGAGAGCCGGUCGAAAUGCUGAGAAUAAAGCGCUGGAACACUGCCAACUGGCCCAAAGACACACAGGAGCCUUUUCACCACGACAAGGAGUUAUGAGCGGGCCUCGUGGGAUGGCCUCUCUGUGGCACAGGAAACCCGAGAUCAAAUCUGUAAAGGAACAGGACUAAAUUAUGCCAUCUCUAGACAAGUGCCAUUGAAUGGGCUUGUGAUACAAAUGACAUGUAAAAUUUCUUAGUAGUUACUCUUAAAAACCGUAAACCGAGCAGAUAAACCCCAGACAGCUUAAUUACUACGAAAAUGUUGACAUUUACUUUUUAAUGUGAAGUCUUCAAAAUACAGUCCAUUUCACACUUAAUGCCUUUCCUCACUAAGGAGAUCCGUUUUUGAGGGCUUAUUUGCCAUAGGUGGUACAUGACAGUUGUAUAGGGCAGUUCACUAUCAGACAAACACCAGUGUGCUUGACCUGGGUCUAGCCAUCCUGUGCAUUUGAAUCAAAUUGGGAUGUAACUCCACUGAAUCACCGUUGACUCUCUGGUUGAAUCAUAACUGGCGUUUGUAUUUAUUUUCUUGUAGCCAUAUUAAAACCAGUACUUUCCAGGAUAUUUGGCAAGAUGAAGAGACAGUUUUAAUAUUUUGAUUUAGUGAUACUAUUGGCAUCUACAGGACAGAGGUUGAGGUGCCCCUACACCCAACCACUCUACACUGAAUAGAUGGAUCCUCCAUCAAAGAAUUGUCUUUCUUUUAAUGUCAUUAGUCACCAAGGUUGCAUAAUUAGCAACCUUGUAGUAGCCUGUAGCACAGUGGGAUCUGCAUAUCUUCCGUCUAGUUACUGUGUUUGUAAAUCUUUGGACAUUAAAAAUGAGUGGCUUUCAUAUCCUGACUAUUAAAAGUCAUUUUAAAAAAAAUAUUCUUUUGCAUUGUACAUGUUUGAGUGUUUGACCUGUGUGCAUUAAAUGUACUGCAUGCAUUCCUGGUGCUCACAGAGAACAGAAGAGGGCAUUGGAUGCCUGCGGACUGGAGUUGUGGAUAGAGUAAGCUGCCUUGUGGAUGCUAGGAACCAAACUGGGGUCCUCUGCAAGAGCCAGUGCUCUUAUCUGAUGAGCCAUCUCUCCAGCCACAAUUUUUAUACUUUGAAGAAGCAAUAAAAGUCUCUUCAAAAGGA